CGAUUCCUAUCUUGUCGUCUCUACGGCUUUCCCACCACGAAAGGCAUUCCACAUUUCUCAUUUUAACUUUCUACAAGUCGUGCGGUUCUCUCACUGUACUGCCCGAUUCUUGCAAUAAGCCUUUCGAAAGGCAUUCUGUUUGUUCGCAUUGCGGCUCAUAUCUGCUGGCAGGCACCACCGAAUCCAUCUUCUAAUAUCCCGGCCUCGAAAACGGCCUCCAAGACGUCACUCAACAUUUAGAACAAAGAAUCAACAGCCUUCCGCCUCGUGCGACGCAUGUCGCCUCGAAUAAUACAUAACGCCCGCCGGUGACUCCAUCGCUCGUCAUGAGCUACACUUCCUACGCGCCGCGAACACGGCUUGGUCACCAGGCGACAUCACCCUCACCUCUACGCCAGAGCUCAGUAAUCUCCAACGGAUCUUCAGCAUACUCAGGAGGUUCAAAUCAAUACCCAGUCAGUCGCUCCAGUACUCAGUCAAGCAAUGGCUCGACUGGGUCGCCAACGAAGCCAGCGCACCGGAGAGGCCUGAGUGAGGCCACGGCUCUAUCGCAGCCACAAACAGAUAGCUACUUUGGACCCGACGAUGCAGAUCCAGGAACUGCAUAUAAGAGCAUGCGUAUGGCGCUUCGUCCACUUCAACAAGCCCCCCAGAGCUCACCAGCACCCGAGAAGCCGCUUCAUACAAUGUCCAGCAGUCCGACGCACACACGCUCUCAGAGUGUUGAGUCAAUCACAUUCUCGCCUUACGAUGGCUCCGCUUCACCUCCCUCAAAACCACGGCCUCUGUCUCUUGCCAUCUCACGUUCUGAUUCUAUGCGUGCACCCACUCGCGACCAUUCUUCGCGGCCCGCGGCUUCUACGCACCUAGAAAGGCCGGAUCUUCAACGGUUCGGCAAAUCAUCUACCGGCCAUCUACGCACACUCUCCAAAUUUGCAGAAUCGGCAACAGAGCAGGACUUUGCCAUCAAAUCCCCUGAGCAGGAGGUUGUUGGACUGCAUGGACGAAGAAGGUUGCAGAGAUCAGACAACUCACAAGGGAAGAAGACAACUACAGGUUGGUCCAGCAGGAAUUGGAUGGACCAACAGCGACAGUUUCUGCAAGCCUACGAGUACCUGUGUCACAUUGGAGAAGCUAAGGAGUGGAUAGAAGAUAUCAUUCACAAGGACAUACCAGCAGUGGUAGAGUUGGAAGAGGCUCUAAGAGAUGGUGUGACAUUGGCUGAAAUCGUCCAAGCUAUCAAUGGCCGUACUCUCCGCAUAUUCCGAGAUCCCAGGUUACAAUAUCGCCAUUCAAACAAUUACGCACACUUCUUCCAGUUCCUAUCCGAGGUUGAACUGCCCGAUCUCUUCAGAUUUGAACUCAUCGACCUAUACGAGAAGAAGAACAUCCCCAAGGUCAUCUACUGCAUCCAUGCACUAUCUUGGCUAUUGUUUCGCAAGGGCAUUGUCGACUUUAGGAUUGGAAAUCUCGUCGGCAAGCUGCAAUUCGAGGACCACGAACUCGAAGCCAUGCAAAAGGGCCUCGACAAAUCAGGUGUUAGCAUGCCUAAUUUCUCCAGUAUGCAGGCGAAUUUUGCGGUAGAGCCGGAACCAGAACCAGUAGAAUCAGAAGAAGAUCGUAUCGACAGAGAACUCUCCGAGAACGAAGCCAUCAUCCUGGAUCUACAGGCCCAAAUCCGCGGCGCUCUUCUUAGAAUCAAGCUCGGAAACAUGAUGCAGGAGCUUUGGGAAAACGAGCAUCUUAUUGUUGACUUGCAAUCGCGUGUUCGUGGCGAUUGGGCAAGGCAAAUUGCCUACUACCGCCUCGAUAUGAAGCGCUUUGCCGUCCAACUUCAAAGUGCAGCGCGUGGUUUCUUGGUUCGCUCGAGACAGCGAGGUGAAGAAGAGUUCUGGGCCCACCAUGAGCCUGAGGUAGUCAAGGUACAAAACCUGUUCAGGGGACGAAAGGCCAGGGCACAAGUACAGUUCAUCAAAACCCAAAUACAGCGACAGGAGAACGGCAUCCGACAAUUCCAGGCCGCCAUACGAGGCGCACUGCAGCGACUCAAGGUGGGCAAUGACUAUGAGGAAACUCGGGAAUCUGAGAUCAACGUGCCAUACCUCCAAGCCAUGAUUCGCGGCGCCAUCGUACGACAGGCCAUCGACCGACAGUAUUCGGAAGUAAAGGAGAACGAAGUCGCCAUAUCGCAACUACAGGCCACCGCUCGCGCUAUGCUGAUCCGUCAGAAUAUGCGAAUUGAGCAGGAGAGCCUUCGCCAACAAGAAUCGAUGAUAACCCUCUUACAGGCUGCUGCCCGAGGUGCCAUUGCAAGGCGACAGAACGCUGAGACACAAGAAAAGCUGGUAAGCACCGAUGCCAAUUGGUCCUACUUCGUUUCGAAAAUCCGGGGUGACUCUCUGAGAGCCUCUCUCGGACAAAUUAGGGAGGCCCUCCAGGCGGAAGAACCUCAAACUAUCAGUCUCCAAGCUGUUGCAAGAGGAGGAAAGGUCCGGUCUGAGGUCGCACAGAAGCUUGAACAGCUUGAGGGCCAGCAGGAAAACAUCAUCUCAUUGCAAGCCUACAGUCGCGGUUUUCUGUCAAGACAGAAGCAUUUCUCUGACCUCAAAGCGUUACAGGCCGAGACUACAACCAUUAUUGACCUCCAAUCUGCAUGCCGUGGCUUUUCCCAGCGUCAGCGGACAUUUGAUCUGCUUUGCGAGCUUAACACCCAAGAACCCGAAAUCGUACAGCUUCAGGGUUUGGCACGAGGAAUGAUGCUCCGCAUGGAGAUUGGCGCAUUGCUUGGGCGCGUCGAGGAGCAUGAGGACAUGAUCGUCGAACUCCAAGCUCUUGCACGCGCAAUGCUGGUCAGGCGCAAAUUCGUCGAGAAGAAGCAGUUCUACCGAGAGAACAUGGAGAAGGUCAUCAAGAUACAGAGUUUCGUCCGAGGACGACAACAAGGAGAGGCUUACAAGAGUUUGACAAGCGGAAAGAACCCUCCCGUCUCGACAGUGAAGAACUUUGUGCACCUCCUCAAUGACAGCGACAUAGAUUUUGAUGAGGAAAUUGAAUUCGAACGCCUCCGUAAGACGGUGGUGCAACACGUACGCCAGAAUGAGCUCGCCGAGCAGUACAUUGAUCAACUGGACAUCAAGAUCGCAUUGCUAGUCAAGAACAAGAUCACUCUUGACGAAGUCGUCAAGCAUCAGAAGCAUUUCGGCGGACAUGUUGGCACCCUCCUCAGCAGCAAGGACAUCUCCUCCAAGGAUCCCUUCGAUCUCAAGGCUCUGAACAAGAACUCUCGCAGGAAACUCGAGCAUUACCAAGAGCUUUUCUUCCUCCUCCAGACCCAGCCGGCAUAUAUGGCACGCUUCUUCCGGCGUAUGCGAGAGCAAGGUCUCGCCGAGAAGGACACUAAACGGAUCGAGCAGUUGACCAUGAGUCUCUAUGGGCUCGCUCAGAAGCGACGUGAGGAGUACUAUUUGCUCAAGCUUGUUUCGCGUUCGUUGAGAGAGGAGAUUGAUGCAUGUGCAACUCUACAGGAUUACACUCGUGGAAACUUCUUCUGGAACAAGCUCUUCAACAGUUACGUCCGCUCGCCACGCGAUCGCAAAUAUUUGAAAGACGUGUUCGGGCCACUCAUCAAGGAAAACAUCAUCGAGAACGAAACGUUGGACUUGGAGAGCGAUCCCAUGCAGAUCUACCGGUCUGCCAUCAACAACGAGGAGCUCAGGACGGGUCAGCGAAGCCACCGCGACCCCAAUGUCUCCCGUGAUCUAGCGCUUAAGGAUCCCGAGACUCGAGAGACCUUUAUCCAUCACUUACAAGAUCUUCGAGACCUUGCUGAUCAAUUCUUCGCCAUCAUGGAGGAGUUCUUGCACAAAAUGCCUUUCGGUGUCCGGUACAUUGCCCAGCAGACCUUUGAGGAACUUCGUCUCAAGUUCCCGUAUGAGGCUCCUGAUCAAUUGCUUCAGAUUGCAGGACAUUGGAUCUGGAAAUCGUACCUCCAGCCUGCAUUGCUACAGCCUCAACACUGGGGUGUGGUAGACCGCGGUCUUUCCCCUCUCAUGAACAGAAACCUUGGACAGGUUGCAAAGGUCCUCGGACAAAUUGCCGCUGGCAGGCUCUUUGGUGGCGAGAACGUCUACCUGCAGCCGCUGAACAAAUACGUAGCAGAGGCAAUCGACCGCCUGCAGGAGAUCUGGACAAACACAAUCACAAUCCGGGACCCAGAGUCGCAAUUCGAAAUCGAUGCAUUCAACGACUUGUACGCACGAACGAAGCCUACGUUGUACAUUAAGCUCGCAGACAUUUUCGCCAUCCACAACCUUGUCGUCGACGACCUUCCCGUGUUCUGUCCCCUCCAAGACGACCCCCUACGUGAGGUAAUCCGGGAAUUGGGCAGUGCGAAGAACAACGAGAGCGAACUUCUCCACGUCAGCUCUACUGAAAUCACGCUGACUCUACAUGCCAAAUUUCACGAGCAAGAAGAUCCCGAUGCUGCAGUCAAGGCCCUGUUCAUGGAGACCAAGCGAUACGUGUUAUACAUCAUUCGCAUACAGACUGGAGCCAAUCUAACGGAAAUUAUGGUCCGUCCUAUCACGCCUGAUGAUGAAGACCGAUGGGAUGCUCUCGUCCGCGAGGAACUGGCAGUACAGCGAAGAGACCGUAAUCGCAACUCCAAUGUCCGCUCGUCUGCCGCUUCAACUUACACGACUGACAUGGCUGCUACGUCACUCCUCGACAUGGACUACCCUACACUCAAACGCUGCGCUCUGGAGAACAUCGUUCAGCUGCAGCGCGUGGGCCGCCUUUCGCCACACAACAAUUACCAAGACCUUCUCAACGCCAUUGCUGUGGACAUCCGAACCAAGCACCGUCGCCGCAUCCAGCGCACAAGGGAACUUGAGGGUGUGCGAGCAACGCUUGCUGCCUUGGACGAAAAGGCGCACUACUUAGACAGCCAACUCAAGUCAUACAAUGACUAUGUAGAGCAAGCCAUGAUCACUCUCCAGAACAAGCGUGGCAAGAAACGCUUCCUCCUUCCCUUCACCCGACAAUACAACCACAUGCGAGAGCUACAACGCGCCGGCCGUGAGUACAGAUUUGGUUCCUUCAAGUAUUCAGCACGCAACCUCGCCGAGAAGGGCAUCCUCGUCUCGUGGCAGGGUUACAACGAACGCCAAUACGACAGGCUUGACAUCACCAUCUCCUCGAAUCAAACCGGAACCUUCGAAAUCCAGGGUUCCCAAGGUAGCAUGAUGAUCCCUGGUGCAUUUGCAGAGGUGCCGCUGGAUGGACUUCUGCAAGCUCAAUUCGACAACCACCAAUUCAUGAACUUGUUCGGCGAGGGCAAGGAUGGUGGAGGUGCCGGAUGCGUGCGACUGAACGUGAACCUGUUUCUGCAUUUGAUAUUCAAAAAGUUCUAUAGGGACGAGUAAUGGAGAUACCCUGGGGCUACUGGUGUUGGAAAUACAUAACAAAGGAGCAACGGCUGUGACUACUGACAAGGCAAGAGAAGGAAAAAUAAAAGAGGAACGCUCGGGGAAUGAUGGAGGACAGCAUAUCCUAAGGUGUUUUUUUUUUGUGCUUUUGGCGCUCACAUAUGCAUAUAUCAUGGAUACUCAAAUCGGGGGGUGGAAUCGAGGCGGCCCAGGUGUUCUUUCUGGUUGUUUUUUUGGCUCUUUUCUUCAUUUUAUUUCCCUUUUAAUCUUCUCGCGCUCUUAACGUUCAUGUUCUCAUGUCCCAGACACACACAGACACACCAUACACAUACCACACUCCUGCACUUUUACGAUUACGACGGACGGACGAACCAGCUUAGCUGGAGUAAGGGGAGGAGAGGGAGAGGGUGAAUAGGAAGGAAGGAGUAUCAACAUCAACAUCAAACGAAACAUCAAC